AUGGGUGACGCUACUGCUAACGGCGAUGUGCCUCACUCUGCCUUUUUCACUCAUAUCACCUCCUACCCUGUCGUCUCCGACUCGAUCAAACUGGUCCAGGAGAAUCCCUACGGCGCCAAGUCAAUCGACCUGACCAAUGCUGGCUACAGCAAAUUCGUCAAGCCCACUCUACCCUACUUCCAGACUCCUGCCUCAUAUGCCAAGCCAUACGUCGCCAAAGCUGAUGAGCUCGGUGACUUGUUUCUCUCCAAGUUCGACGAAAGAGUCCCCAUUGUCAAGUCGGAGACAAAGGAGAUCAAGGGCACCAUCUUCAGCUAUGUCCACUGGCCGCUCGAGAAGGCCGGCGAGACCAAGGACUGGGCCUUCAGCACAUAUAACGAAGAAUACAAGAAGAUUGGAGGCGACGGCUAUGUCACUGGUGGAAAGGCCGUUGUCACCACUUCCCUCAUCCUGACCUCCGACGCCCUCAAAUGGGUGAGCUCCUUCCUUCAAGCCAAGAAGGACGAGGCCAAGGACGUGGUCCAAGAGAAAACGAGCAAAUAA